UCCAACAUGGCCGCUGUGCUGGUGGUUCUGGCGGAAACGUGGAACGGAACAUCAAUGCUAACGUUAAAAGUAUCGGUCGGAUGUUAAUUAGAAAGACAUGCGAAGCGGAAAUAAAUUAUGACGUUUCAUAUAAACGUGGGAUUCAAGCUUAUUUAGAAAAUCGCUGGGAAGAUUGCGUUAAUUACAUAGAAAAUGCCAUAAAUCAGUACAGAAAUUAUCUUUCGGCCAUUUUAAAUUGCCGUUACAAGUGCCAUUCGUUUGUUGAUACGGAAUUAAAUCAAUCGGAAGUUAAAGAUUUGCUUCGAUUUUACGAAUUAAUUGUUAAAAAUGCUUAUUGUUUAAUGAAGUGCGAAAAGUAUUAUUUUAAAACACGCCCCUCGAUUAAGAAGGAAGUCGACAAUGAUUUUGAAAACAAGGUACCUUAUGAUUAUCUUCAGUUGUGUUACUUCAAGUUGGGUAAACUUGAAAAUGCUGCAUCCUGUUCAUAUACCUUCCUUGUUCAUAAUCCUGGACAUAGUGUAAUGCAAAACAACUUACAGUAUUAUGUUGGACUGCCUGAAGUUCAGUUAGAGAAUAUUAAAUAUUUAGAGCCAAAAAAUUAUCAGGAAUUUUAUAUAAAAGCUGUACAGAUGUAUGGGGAAGAAAAUUUUUCAGAAGUUAUUGAAUGGAUGGAACAAGCCUUGAUAGAAUAUUUGAAAGCAGAAAAAGAAUGUCAGUUGAUGUGUGAAAAUUCUAUGUCUUCAGCUCCUGAAACAGAUUUCAUUGUAUUAGUUGCCAAUCAUUUUACAUUUACAUUAAGAUGUAAGUUACAAUGUCCAUUAAAAUUAUCUCUCAUUCAUGGUCAACUUUAUCAAAAUCUUUUCUCUAAUCAUUAUCAUUACCUACAGUUUGCCUAUUAUAAAAGAAACCAAUUAAAGAAAUCAUGUGAAGCUGUAGCAUCAUAUCUUUUGUUUCAUCCAAAUGACACUGUGAUGUUAGAAAAUGAGCAGUUUUAUAAGAGUGUUAAAAGUGUUCAGAAAGAAUGGUUUCGUCCAAGAGAAGAAGCUGUAAAAUAUUAUGAUCAGUUAAAGAGGCAAAAAGAACUACUACUAUAUAUUGAACAAUCUUUCCAAUUCAAUGAUUCCAAUAAUCAGGAUAUAUUCUUAAAUGAACCAAUUCCACCCCCAUCCCAAGUUAAGAAUAAUCAUAAUCAUGAUAUUAAUAUUGAAAGGAUAAAAAGAGAAGCUGAUAAACCAGAAGAAGUAUUAAAAUGGGAAGAAGAAAAUGGGGUUAGUGUUAUUAUGAAAGAUAAAGAUUUAAAUGGAUCUUUACGAUUUGCUGCAGAUGGCUUAGCUUCACAAAAGGAAUGUGACAAGAUGAUUUCUCUUGCUAGAGAAGGUGCACUUCAUGGUGAUGGCUAUAAUGGGAAGCAUUCACCUCAUACUGAAUUUGAAAUGUUUGAAGGUUUAACAAUUGGAAGAGCUGCAAUUUUAACGCAAAGAGGUAUUCUCGAUGCCGCAUCUUCACAGAUAUUUUUAAAUGUGAGUGAAAAAGCAAGAAAAUACGUUGAGAUGUAUUUCAAACUUAACUCUUAUUUAUAUUUUGCCAUAUAA